AUGAGAUACGUGGCACCUUUUGAGAUGAAAUUUAGCCCGAGAGCACGCGCUGCCCAGGCAGCCCGGCUGCUGCAGCAUUUGCACCACUUGGUCCGGCUUGGUCCACCCCGGGACGACCGCAAGACACCCCUGAUGUGCACGGCCCACAACGACAAUCCGGAGGCGGUGAAGGUUCUCAUUGCUGCAAAUGCACGAAUAGAUGCAGAAGAUAAGCCCGACCGGACCCGCGGGUAUCCAGACCGCAGGCAGGCAGGCAGCCAGGCAGAAGUCGACACCAGCUACUACAGCAGGCAGGUACCCCUCCGUCUGUACGACCCCUAA